GCCGGAGAAAUUUAUGCUAUGGGAUUUGUUACUCAUCAUAUUUGUACAUCCGGUUGUUCCCUUACGACAAUGAUCAAUAUAUGAUCUCUCUAUUUUAUUCAAUUCAAAGACUCCCAUGCUAAGCUGUUGCACAUGACAUCCGAGAGAGGUAAAAAGAGACAAAGAAAUGAUGACUGUGAAGAUUGUUACCCCAUUUCUAAAAGAAUUAACCGAUUACAGAUAGAAUCAGUUUCCAAUCCAAGUACUAGCUGUGUACAUCCAGCUCAGACAAUGGGAGUUUGUAUUCCUAAAGCCCUCCCAAAUGAACCGGUUGAUCUUCAUUCACACUCCCAGUGUAGUAGCAAUACCCAAAUCCAGUGUGAUUCCCACAAUGCCAAUCACCUGUCAGAAGUUAACCCCCCAUCAACCUCCACCAAUAACAACCUCAAUGCUGAGAACCCCGCCUGCCUGGCCUGUAAUAUGGGUCAAGGUGACCCGUAUUACCAGGAGUUGAUGCAAGGUUACGACCCCGAGCUGAGGGAAGAAGACAAUCCUCAUUACUUCAGCAUUAAUAGACUUCUGUUUGAGGCCCACGCCAGUAGAACAGGGCGACACAGAACGGACUUCUCGAACACAUGACUUGUUUUCACUGGCCUUCAGUUCUGAUGUAUGGCAACAGAUCUGUUUGUUGUUUUAAUGUGUGAUGUUGAACUCGGAGUGGCUGCUGAUAGAUAAAUGGUGGGAGAGAAUGCUUUUGGUUUCCGUUAGUUACAAGAUAUGUUAUUUAUUUGUGUAUCAGACAGUACAAUAUCAUUAAUCUAGUGAUUUAUAGAUUCUUCAUUUUUUUUCACUUUGUAACUAGUCUGUGUGGAAACACUGUAUAAUCAUGUAUUCCUAUUUUGAUUUGUAUUGAAUAGUUUUUGAAUACAUCCAUUCAGCAAAAAUUAGGUUUUAGUUUAAAUGUUCUUAAUAAUGUAGAUUUUUUUUUCAUUUACCUCAUCAGCUUAUUAAUUAAAAAAAUAAAUAUGGCUAAUGCUUGAGAAUGUUGAAAUCUCUGUGUGUCAUAUCCAGUUAUAUGCAAAUGAAAUAGAAAACAAAGUGGGUUGUCUUUAAAAGAAUUUUGAAAAAAGCUUUCCUCAUAAAUAAUGUUCACUGUACAGUGAUGAAUUUUUUAACAGUUCGCAGAUGCAUAUUAUAAAACAGAAUGAAAAUCGUGUCACUCUGAUGUGACUUAAUUACAUGAUUUUCUACAGUUUGUUUGCCUGGUAAUUGUGAAUUGAAGUUGUAAUUAGUCAAUCUCUGGAACAGGAGGAGGGGUGGGAUACUAGAAGGAGUCAGUGUACAUAGGGGGCUGGUUGCUGAAUUAGACCACCCACACCAGUGCUGACAGCAAAACACUCCCUACUAUAGUGAUGUCUUGAUUUUCUUGAUAACUCUAUCUUGAAGUUCCAAAGUUAGAAGAAAAUCUACAUUAAUGAUUUGUUAAAAUAAAAUAAUUUAUAUACUGGCAUUUGUUAUGACAACUUGGCUAAUGAAAGCAAACCUCUGUCUCUAGAUCUGUCUCUGGCAUUCUAACAACCAAACUAUUUUAAUAACAACUUAGAAUUGUAUACAAAUCAUUGUCAGUGCAUGUGUAUGUAUAAAUUUCAAUUAUUUUAAGGAAAAACACAUUUCCAAUAUAUUAUACUUACAUUAAUUUCUGUAUAACGUAGGUCUGUUAUAUGGUAGUAUUUACCAUUGCCUAGUACAUUAUACCGGUAUAUUAAAAAAAUCGAACAAUU